AUGGCUGCCGCAGACGUCAUUAACCAGGCCGCCUUCGCUCCCCACUCGGCCAUCGACUCGGCCAUCGUUCCGCAACCCGCUUCCGGUCCGCACCAUGUCCGUGACACGGUCAUGAACUACUAUGAUGACCCGAAUGACGGUACUCCGCCGACCCCCUACUAUGUUGGCCGGCCGAUAUCCGAACAGCUGAAAGCCCGUCCCACCGUCCCCGUUCACGUUGACGUCACGGACAUCGGCGGCAAUGAAGACAAGUACACGCUCGAUAGCCACGGGUUUCAGGUCGUACGCCACGCGAGCGAGGAGAAGGACUUUUUGGACGAGGAGCAGAUCAAGAGCCGCUAUUACGCGGAGACCACGCAGCUGUUGAAGGACGUCACCGGGGCUACGCGCGUCCUCAUCUUUGACCAUACAAUCCGCCGCGUGCAGAAGGCCGAGACCCCGGAAGCGGCGCUCCGCGGCCCAGUUCGCCAGGUUCAUAUCGACCAGUCCUAUGCAGCCUCUGAGGACCGAGUGCGUUACCAUCUGCCUGACGAGGCCGAGGAGUUGCUCAAGAAGAGGUUCCAAAUCAUCAACGUUUGGCGCCCUAUCAAGACGAUCCUGAAGGACCCUCUCGCCAUCGCUGAUGCUCACUCUGUGGACGACUCCGAUCUCGUGGGUGCCGCCCUCAUCUACCCGCAGCGUAAGGGUGAGACGUAUGCCGUGAAGCCCAACCCGAACCACCGCUGGUAUUUCAAGUACGCCCAGAGACCCGACGAAGUGACUCUGAUCAAAUGUUACGACUCGGUCGUGUCCCCCGAUGUCGCCCGGCGCGUUCCACACUCAGCCUUUACAGACCCGGCCGAGGAAGAUAAGGAGUCACGGGAGAGUAUAGAAGUACGCACUCUGGUAUUUUACGAUUACUGA